AUGAGGGAAGAAGAGAGGAACCUAAAUCCGAUGGACUACCUAGUUGUCGAUCUGUUGGAAGAAAUAUUCCUACGACUGCCAUGCAAAUCAAUCCUCAAAUUAAAAACAAUCUCAAAGCAAUGGAGAUCAAUCCUCGAGUCGAGGAGGUUCAUGGAGAGGCGUGUGGAUUUUCAGGCGAAGGUGAAAAUCCUAGCUGUCAGAGAUGACCGAACCGAGUCUGGAUUCGAAGGGGAUGAAGAGAUCGAGAUGGUCUAUCUACACUGCGAUGAUGAUGCCACACGACCCUUGAUAACAUUUGAGGGUUUGGUAUGCAUCCCGGAACCAGGUUGGAUCAACGUUUUGAACCCAACGACCAGACAACUCCAGCGAUUCCCUUGUACCCCAGAUCAUCCCGUGUCCGACGUUAAUCUUAGACGCACACCAUAUCUCACUUUUUUUUCGGGAAACUGGGCUAUGGGAUUCGGUAGAGACAAAGUUACGGAUCGCUACAAAGUGGUGAGGAUGUGUUUUGGUCAUGUUGAAGAAUGCGAGAUUCUUGAUCUUGAAACUGGUGAAUGGAGGAAACUGAAUCCACCUCCUCACAAGGUCGAUGAGGGAAGGAAGUCAGUGUGUAUAAAUGGUGGGUCUAUCUACUGGUUACACAUUCAGAGGGUUUACAAAGUACUAGCCUUGGAUCUUCACAAGGAAGAGUACCGUAAAGUUCCAGUUCCGGCUACGUCAAUCACGCUGGACACUCAGAUAGUGAACCUUGAAGACCGUCUAGUCCUUGCUAUAACCAGAGUUAGGCCUGAAUGGAUACUAGAGAUAUGGGGCAUGGAUAGAGAUAAAGAAAGAUGGAGUAAGAGUUACUCCAUAAGUUUGGAUCCUAGUAGAGUUGUUUCCUGGCGAAGGCAGAAAAGGUGGUUCACCCCCGUGGCAGUUUCUAAGCAAGGGAAUCUUGUCUUCUAUGACAAUAAGAAUAGAAGACAAGAUUAUUAUCCGAGGACUGAUGUUAUUCGUUGUCUCUCCUUAAACACUUGUGUUAUGUCUCCUUACAUGGAAAAUUUGGUCCCACUUCCGUUAAAACCAAGCCAUCCACUUCCUGCUCGGAGAAACUCGGAUUUAGAAAUGAGAAUGUCUAGAUGCCGUUUGUUUUCGACGCCAGGUUCUUGGAUAUCCAAAGUUUUGAAAAAGAAUGUUUGGAUUCUAGAUAUUUUGUUUACAUCUUUAGUAGUAGUUGGUUAUAUUUGCUUGCCUCUCUGGGAGUUAUUUAUCUAA